CUUGAACACACGUGUGACCUUCCAACGCAAGAAAGUGCACCGGCUACAGCCGUGUAUUUAACUAUUUAUCGCUUACCAUUCCAUACGAAUCCAAAUCCCCUCCAUUUUUUUUUUUUCCGUAUAUUUCUUGUUCUCGCGGCAUUUUUUUCCCUCUCCCCUCUUCCCUGCAAUUCCCCUUCCGAAACUCCUCUUUGACAAAACCGAAGUUCCACCAUUCAUCCAUUGAUUACUGUUGCUCGCAAUGAGGGGCCACGAUCUGAUCAACGCCAUCCUCCCCGACGAGCUAAUCCUGGAGAUCCUCUGUCGCCUCGACAGCUACAAAUCCAGCUGCGACGCUUGCUCCCUCGUGUGCAAGCGAUGGCUCAAGCUUGAGCGGGCCAGCCGCAGGACGGUCCGGAUCGGCGCGUCCGGGAACCCCGACGCGUUCGUGAAGCUGAUGAUCCAGCGGUUUGCAGCUGUUUGUAAUGUGUACAUUGACGAGAGAUUGCCUAUCUCGUCGCCGUUCCCGUCUACAUAUCCUCUAGGGCAUGGAAUGCCCCGAACAGCUACUAGAAAAAGUCGUUCAUGUAAAAGAAUUAGAGGCUCAUCUUCCAAACUUCAUUGUGCGGUGGAGAGCAGCGGGUCUGAAGAAAGUGACAUAGAACCUUUUAGUCUAUCUGAUGCUGGUCUUACUGCUCUUGCUGAAGGAUGUGCACGUCUAGAAAAGUUGAGCUUAAUAUGGUGUUCCAACGUCACUAGCGUGGGGUUGAGAUCCAUUGCUGAGAACUGUAAAGCCUUGAAAUCUUUGGACUUACAGGGCUGCUAUGUUGGAGAUCAAGGUCUUGCGGCUGUUGGAGAGUGUUGCAAACAGCUUGAAGAUCUGAAUUUACGUUUUUGUGAAGGCUUAACUGAUGCGGGUUUGACCGAAUUAGCCAUUGGCUGUGGGAAGUCAUUAAAAGUUCUCGGUGUAGCAGCUUGUGCAAAGAUCACCGAUCUCUCUUUGGAAGCUGUAGGAUCUCACUGCACAUCCCUUCAGACCUUGUCAUUGGAUUCAGAGUUCAUCAAGAACAAAGGGGUGCUUGUUGUAGCACGAGGAUGUCCUGCCUUGAAGGCUUUGAAGCUACAAUGUAUAAAUGUGACAGAUGAGGCUCUGCUAGCUGUGGGAACCUACUGUUUGUCACUGGAGUUGUUGGCCCUAGACAGUUUCCAGAGAUUUACAGAUAGGAGCCUAUGUGCUAUUGGUAAUGGGUGUAAGAAGCUAACUAAUCUUACACUAAGUGACUGCUAUUUCUUGAGCGACAAGAGUCUUGAAGCAAUUGCUACUGGUUGCACUGAACUUAAACAUCUUGAAGUUAAUGGUUGCCAUAAUAUUGGAACAUCUGGACUAGAGUCUAUUGGAAGAUCCUGCCCGGCACUUUCAGAGCUGGCUCUAUUGUACUGCCAAAGGAUUGGCAAUAAUGCUCUUUUUGAAGUUGGAAGGGGCUGCUCACUCCUACAAGCACUUCACUUGGUAGAUUGUUCGAGUAUAGGUGAUGAUGCGAUAUGCAAUAUAGCUCAGGGCUGCAGGAACUUGAAGAAACUUCAUAUUCGACGUUGUUAUGAGAUUGGAGACAAGGGCAUUAUUGCUGUGGGUAAGAACUGUAAAUUUCUGACAGACCUAAGCCUUCGGUUUUGCGAUAGGGUUGGCGAUGAUGCACUUAUUGCUAUUGGUCAAGGGUGCUCCCUUCAACUGUUAAAUGUCAGUGGGUGCAACAAGAUUGGUGAUGCUGGUCUGACAGCCAUUGCAAGAGGCUGCCCUCGACUUGUUUAUCUAGAUGUCAGUGUUCUUCAGAACUUGGGGGAUAUAGCACUUGCCGAAAUAGGCGAUGGCUGCCCGCUGCUUAAGGACAUAGUGCUGUCCCACUGCAGGCAAAUAACAGACGUUGGUUUAUCACAUCUCGUAAAGCGAUGUACCCAGUUAGAAUCCUGCCACAUGGUUUAUUGCCCAUUUGUGACUGCAGCCGGAGUUGCCACAGUGGUCUCAAGCUGCGUCAAUCUAAAGCGGGUCCUCGUAGAGAAGUGGAAGGUCAGCCAGAGAACUAGGCGAAGAGCAGGUUCAGUCCUCGCAUAUCUCUGUGUUGAUCUUUAGUUCCACAUCAUAGAUUGUUUAUAUGAGGUUGGCUUUGGUACCGUCUAGGAGUACCAAGUUAGGUACCAUGUGGGCUCUGUUGGUGGAAAAAUGCGACCUAUCAUCUCAUGUCCGCACAGAUCAUGGGUGGGCCCCCAUCAUUUCACAAGUGGGACUUCUUUUCAUCAAUGCUCCUUGGUACCCAUUUACCUUUACCUGUUUAUACUGUACCGUUUCUGCUCCAAAUGCAUAUUUGGAGCUGAAGGUGGGAAGCCAUGGCUUGACGUCUCAAGGAAUCUAGCAUGUGUCAGUACAUGCUAAAAGGGUAUUUGUAUGUAUCCUCGCAUUGAUAGAUUUAUGUUGUACUUAUUUAGGCCCUAAGAAGGCCACUUCCACCCUCGCCGCAUGUGACAAUUUGGCAGCAUGUGUGCAAGAUCCUGGUUGUUCAUCAGGUGGCCGCCACCCUGUACAUGGUGUAGCCUGAAAUGAGGCUGGUCCAGUUAUUAGGUGGGCCAGACAUGAAUGCUAAAUGUGCCCUAUUGUUCAACUUCUUAUUUUGUUAUUAUUUUUUUCAUACUUGUGUGGGCCUAUCUGAUGAAUGGCUUGCACGUCCGACAUUCUUGCCUAUUUGGCACAUGUGAAUUGAGUGAGGAAUCCCAGUGCUCUUGUAGAUUGCUCUGAAUUUCUAAUUUUUAAACAUUUCUUUGUAUGUUUAUGCUUUAAGUUCAUGACUUGUGCAAAAAGAACUGUCUGAUAAAGAGCGGUUUUCUUCCUGUUAAUUUUUUUUUUUUGCUUCUUUUGGAAGAAAUUAUAUAGCAUUUGUUAUUAAACCAAUAUCUAGCUUGUGACUGAAUGUGAAAUGGUGAUGGAUUAAAUAUUUGAGGGUAAUUAAGUCAUUAUUGUUGUAAAGCAUAUUUUGACAUGUUACAUUAGAUGUGAGGGUGUAUGUGGAAUUUUCAAGAGGAUAUGAUCAGUGAAGACAUCUCACUUGGAGA